ACAAAUCAAAAGGAUUAAUAUAGGUUGACUGACCUAUACUCACUACUGAAGACUGAGACAAAAUUGUGCAGCGACAGAAAAAAAUCUAUUAACGAACUCCAUUUUCUGGCCAAUACCAAACUUUCAGUCUGAUUUUUUACAACAAUCAACCCUGAAUAACAAAGUUUUACGACAAUAAAUUGACCAAUAUACUUCUUAUUCUGCGUCAUACGUUACGUAACAUCUACGUAUUCAACACCGUGUUUGAAUUUCUACGCGUACAGUUUGAGAACAUGAACGUAAGCGAUAUCGGAAAUGUGAGCGAUACGAACGGAACCAUUACAAACCUGGAGUUCAAUAUAGAUUCCAUAAUUACCAACUCAGCACUGUUUCUCUUGGCCAUAGUACCUAUUUAUAUAGGUUCUUUCCGCUCAUUAACUAGUAAGAAGUCAACUGAAGAGGUAGAAGUUGUAUCAAGUAAAGAUGCAGCACUGUUUCCAUUUCUUGCCAGUGCUGCACUUUUCGGGAUUUACAUAGUAUUUAAGUUCGUUCCUAUUCAGUACAUCAACUGUGUUAUGAAGGUAUAUUUUUCUUUUGUGGGUGCCUGUGCAAUAUCCCGUUUCUUGUCACCCAUCUUUCGCCCGUAUAUGCCGAGUUGCGUAAAAAAUACGCGGUUCAAGUUUGAGUUUUCAAGAAGUUUAGAGAACUCAGAUGGUUCCGAAUGUCAAUGGAACUUAUUGGACAACUAUGAUUUCUCAGUUGAGUCCAAGGAUUUCAUAGGCACUGGCAUCGGUGUUUUGCUUGGCACUUGGUAUUACUUUUCAGGACAUUGGAUCGCGAACAAUUUUAUUGCAGUGACAGUUGCUAUUUUGGCCAUCGAAUUCAUAAGGUUAAAUAAAUUCGUAAAUGGCAUAUUACUUCUUUGCGGACUGUUCGUAUACGAUAUAUUUUGGGUGUUUGGAACUGGUGUCAUGAUGGCUGUCGCAAAAAACCUAGAUAUUCCAAUCAAAGUUACUUUUCCGCGUGAUUUUCUUUCACAUGGAUUAUUCGGCAAGCAAUUAGCCUUACUUGGUCUUGGUGAUAUAGUUGUUCCAGGAAUAUUUAUUGCUAUGCUUCUUAGGUUCGACACAAAACUUGGACGCAAGAAUAGCUACGCUUACUUCUACUCUGGAUACACAGCCUAUAUCGUUGCUAUCAUUAUGACUUUCGUAAUGAUGCACGUAUUCAAACACGCUCAGGUGAGCGAACAGUUUUCAAAUUAUUUAUUUCAGAAUAAAGUUUCCCUUUAUUUAGUCUACGUAAUGAACAGAAAAACUAUUGUAAUGUUUACCCUGAAUAUGUUUUCGGUCAGAGGGAUUGUCGAACUAUUCGAAGGAAUAUCCUGACAUGAAAAGUAUCUAUACGUGUAUUAUUCAAUUAUAUAUUGAGUUGGUGUGGUUCCAGUUCUGGAUUUUUCUAUGGUUAAUUUGCAUUUGAACCUUCAUAUGUUUUAAAUCUCGUCACUAAAAGAUAAAGUAUCCUUCGUUAUGGCCUAUUAACCAACUAGUUUUAUGAUAAUCAGAGCUCUUCACUGUUCAUUUUAUCGACAAAAUUUCUGUCCAUUGUUAUGUCAGUGGUUGUACGACCAAUAUUGUUUCCAAUAACUUGUAUUUAGUGACGACUUCGUUAGACUAAGCAGUGAUCAUAGAUUUAGCAAUGUCUUGUCUCGUAAUACCUCAGAAAUUCAACUAUUGCUUACGUAAAAAUCUUUUCAUAGCUACAUUUGUCUUCACUGUUAUAUCACUGGUGUUAUUGGUGUCAAUUUAUGUGUUGCAGAAUGAUUCCAAGCGUAUUAAGCCAUCCUUCUCUCUUUGUGACAUUGAUGGAAGGUUGGAAUUUCAAUGACGGUAAAGAGCCUAAUAUUUCAGUGUGAAAAUCAAUUCGAACAAAGAAUAUCUUCCUAAAUUUAUUCUCUUCGUGUUUUCAUAAUUUUCAGAUAUUGAUUAGGAUUACGUGUUUAUGAUUGUAAAUAUAAUGCAAGAUAAAUAAUAGAAAACGAGCAAAGUAACCAUAGUUGAAUUGACAGGUUAUAUGACGAAUAUUCAGUUCAUAUUUAUGCAACACAUAUAAACUAGAUGUAAUAAGUGGGGAAAACCUAUCUUGACGUUCACAAACUGUAAACUUGUGAUUAUCGUUAAGUCUUCAUUAGCAUGAAGACUAUGUUAGACUCAAUGAUAAUCGCAAGUCUACGGUUUGUGAACAUCAACAUAUGUACCAUCUUCUAGUUUGUGAUUGACUAAUUGACUUCAGUAUCAUCCAUUUAAUCUAAAUAAUUUCACCAAAAAUGUAAAUUACUGUUAAACUUAUUCAUAGUAUUAUCAUUAUUCACUAAAAAGAUUCAGUGAUUGUUAUGAUCCAUUUCAGAAUUCUAUUUUCUGUAGAAUAAGUAGUAUGUAUUGCUUUUAUUCUAUUCCAUAAUGUUUUGUUCGUAGCGGGGGAUUUAUUUUUGGGAAAUAUUAGCUUUAAUAUUUAGUUAUUUUUGUUUACCUAUUUUAAAAUUAUUCCACACUUUCUGUUUGCAGAUUUUUUCUAUUGGAAUAAAACUUCUGUUACAUAAAUAACUAUGUUUACUGCCUUUUCAUUAAUUUAGCCGGCUUUACUUUACCUGGUACCUGCCUGUUUGGGUGCACCAUUGCUUAUGGCUUUAGUGAAAAACGAUCUCAGUGCAAUGUUUAGCUAUGAAGAUGAACCGGAAACUGAGAAGGAAAGUCAGGAGGCUGAAGUGUCAAACGACUCUAAGAAAAGUAAAUAACAAUAUCAAACUUUGGGGUGGGAGCAACUGACCGAUUUUAUCAUCCUAAUCUGUCCAUAUAUAACUUAUGUAUACAAAUAUAUUUAUUUGCACAGUGUUAAGUAUGUAACGUUUGUGCUACAUGCUGAAUGUUUGUUUUGUUUUCUGUGAAAUAAUGUUGUUUGUGAAAAACUAACACAACUUUCUUGUUUGACAUUUGUUCUAACUUUAUCUCUUUGCUAAUAAAUCUGUUACACUGUCUGUUUAUUUUGGGACAUCAGUAUUCAAGAUCUAAACAUCAUAAAAGUGAAAAUACCGAAAUAUGUGAAUAUUAUUAUAUAACUACGGCAAGCAAUUAAAGUUACUUCUUCAGAUCAUCAUUUUCAUUUUAUGAAUACAUAUUUAACAUAAUAUCUUGUUUUGACAGUACUAUUAAUAAAUUUUUUCCUAAAUGAUACUUCAUUUUAAAUGCUGAUGUAUUUGUAGAAUUGGUGACAACUAACAACAAUUUGGCGCAUUAUUGCAUCUUAUGUCCCUAAUUUGAAAUAAACUUGAUACGUCGUGCACUUUCUCGGUGGACUUUCGACAAAACCAUUAGACCUAAUAUGGCAUGAGAACCUCGUUCAAGUGUAUGUUUAAGUGUGAAGUGUCAAGUAAAGAUUACUAGGUAGAUCUCGUUCUUUCCAUUUAAUUAGGCACGGGGUAUUUUAGACUGUCUAGAACUUUUAUUGGAUACACUAUCCUUCGAUUACUUAGGUCACUUCGCCACGAAGCCUAGUGAGGUUCUACAAUUAUAAAUCCAAAAGCCUAGAGAACCAACCAGUUGAAAAUAAAUUUCCGACUGAACCAAAAAGAGAAAUUUAUCCAGCAUCCACC